GCAGGGGGGCGGGGCGGCAGAGCUCGCGGUGCCCGGCCUGGAGGACAGCGGUGUCGUAGUCGGCGGUCGGCUUUCGACGGUCGGCCGCAACGCUAAGGGGCCGCACGGGACGAGGGCGCCGGGUCGCCGGAGCUCAGAGGUUGACUCUUCACCACACUGAAGCCAUUAGGAAAAACCCUUGUGAUUAACAGCAGAGGCUUCAGAGUUUGACCAGUAUUCAGGCCUAGAAAUUAUUUUAAAUGGCAACUGAUAUGUCUCAAGGUGAACUCGUCCAUCCUAAGGCACUCCCUCUUAUAGUAGGAGCUCAGCUGAUCCACGCGGACAAGUUAGGUGAGAAGGCAGAAGAUAGCACCAUGCCAAUUCGUCGAGCUGUGAAUUCUACCCGGGAAACUCCACCCAAAAGCAAGCUUGCUGAAGGAGAGGAAGAAAAGCCAGAACCAGAUGGAAGUUCAGAGGAAUCUAUUUCUACUGUAGAAGAGCAAGAGACUGAGACUCCACCUGCUACAUCUAGUGAGGCAGAGCAGCCCAAGGGGGAACCUGAGAGUGAAGAGAAGGAAGAAACCAAGUCUGCUGAGGAAACCAAAAAAGAUGAGAAAGAUCACACUAAAGAAAAGGAGAAGAAAGUGAAAAAAACGAUACCUUCCUGGGCUACUCUGUCUGCCAGCCAGCUAGCCAGGGCCCAGAAACAAACACCGAUGGCUUCUUCCCCACGGCCCAAGAUGGAUGCAAUCCUAACUGAGGCCAUUAAGGCAUGCUUCCAGAAGAGUGGUGCAUCAGUGGUGGCUAUUCGGAAAUACAUCAUUCAUAAGUACCCUUCUCUAGAUCUGGAGAGAAGGGGCUAUCUCCUUAAGCAAGCACUGAAAAGAGAGUUAAACAGAGGCGUCAUCAAACAGGUAAAAGGAAAAGGUGCAUCUGGCAGUUUUGUCAUGGUUCAGAAAUCAAGAAAAACACCUCAGAAAUCCAAAAACAGAAAGAAGGGCUCUGCAGUGGAUCCAGAACCACAGGUCAAACUGGAAGAUAUUCUCCCGUUGGCCUUUACUCGACUUUGUGAACCUAAAGAAGCUUCCUAUAGUCUCAUCAGGAAAUACGUGUCUCAGUACUACCCUAAGCUUCGAGUGGACAUCAGGCCCCAGUUGUUGAAGAAUGCUCUGCAGAGAGCAGUAGAGAGGGGCCAGUUAGAGCAGAUAACUGGUAAAGGCGCUUCGGGGACAUUCCAGCUGAAGAAAUCAGGGGAGAAACCCCUACUUGGUGGAAGCCUGAUGGAAUAUGCAAUCUUGUCUGCCAUUGCUGCUAUGAAUGAACCGAAGACCUGCUCCACCACUGCUCUGAAGAAGUAUGUCCUGGAGAACCACCCAGGGACCAAUUCUAACUACCAAAUGCAUUUGCUGAAAAAAACUCUGCAGAAAUGUGAGAAGAAUGGGUGGAUGGAACAGAUCUCUGGGAAGGGGUUCAGCGGCACCUUCCAGCUUUGCUUCCCCUAUUACCCCAGCCCAGGAGUUCUGUUUCCAAAGAAGGAGCCAGAUGAUUCUAAAGAUGAAGAUGAGGAUGAAGAUGAAGAUGAGGAUGAAUCAUCAGAAGACUCUGAGGAUGAAGAACCACCACCUAAAAGAAGCUUACAGAAGAAAACACCAGCCAGGUCUCAAGGGAAGGCUGCUUCUAUGAAGCAGAGAGCAUCCAAGCCUGCGCGUAAAGUCCCUGCUGCCCAGAGGGGGAAAGUGAGACCACUGCCUAAGAAAGCUCCCCCCAAGGCCAAGACCCCUGCCAAGAAAGCCAGACCCUCACCCUCAGUUAUCAAGAAGCCUAGUGGGAGCUCCUCCAAAAAGCCUAUGGCCAGUGCAAGAAAGGAAGUGAAGCUGCCCAGCAAGGGCAAAUCUACCAUGAAGAAGUCUUUCAAGGCAAAAAAGUAAAUUUUAUAGGAAAAAGGGUAUCAUGAUGGAAUUCAAAAUCUUAUUUUAUAAGGUCAGUGUGCAUUUGUUUUAGUUAUAAUGCUUUUAAAUUUUUUCUUCCCAUAUGAACUUUGUGGAAGGAAUAUAAACAAACCAAUGUAGUCAUUUGUUAGCUUUAGGUGCUGUUCUCAGUGCCUGCCUCGUCAUCAUUUUAAUUUCUGCCAUAAUCCUGGACUUCGCUGAACUAGGUAACUACCCUGUUCUUUUGCUCCUCUUAACCCUGACCUUCAUGCUCUCUCUUUUUUUAACGGUCCUGUUUGGGUUUUUUUUUCCCCACUCCUUCAAGUUAAACAGUUGCAAAGACUUUGUAGUGAGCACCAACAGGUCUGGUGCUGGAAGUCAAGAGGAGACAGGCACACUGUCAGAAAGGCAUUGCCUCCUGCCUGGAGACUUGUUAGAGCUGUGAUGAUUAACCCUGGCUGUAAAGUCACUCCACUAACAUUCUCUCCAGCUUGAGCCAGAGACAUUUUAGCUUUGGAAAGAAGCCCCAGUCUCUGCGAUCCCAUAGAUUGUGAAGACCUCAGCUCCUUUGGUCACUCUGACCAACUGCCAAGCGCGCUUUACUCCCCAGAGCAUUGUUCCCUUAACAGCAAGCACAAGUUGUCUGCACCACUUGGUUUUUGACUGAAGGGGAAGUACAGGAAUACGUGGAAUCUGAUUUCUGGUGUUGCUUAUAUUACCAAAAAUGACAGAAUAUUCUCCAUCAAAUGUCUAGAUAUAUUUUUAAUACUUGGGGCAUGCUUUGUCAGUCCCUGUUUGAGAGUUCCUAUUACUAAUGUAGAAAUGUUAAGUGGUAAAACAUGUAAUUUGCUAAAAUAACCAGAUUUCAGAUUUACCUGUGAGUGGGUCAUUCCCCACCCCCACCCCCCCAUUCUUUCCAUAGUACUUUUGAUAUCAGGCAAAUGGUUUCGUUUUUGAGAUAUUUUAACAGAAGAGAGGAGGGGGGAAAAAGCAAAUGAAGCUGUACUACCUAACCCUCUUUUUGUAUUUGUUUUAGGAUUGUGAGGUUGUGUAAAAUAGCACUAGCUUUCUACUUGAGAAAUACAGUUUCUGCUUAUCAUUUAUUCUUUCCCUGUGCCACUUGGUAUUUUAAUUGUCUUAAACUUUUUGAUGUAUAUCCUCUGGCUUACAUGCUGCUAGAGGAGAAGGUGUUUGUUUGAGAUUCAUUCCACUUGCAGUGUCUCCUAGGAUCCCCACAGCUUACCUAUGGCUGGGAAACGGGUUUGAGAAAAUGGGCUUGAGUUGGAUCCUAACCUGUGAGAUCCCAUCAUGAGUCAUUGGGAUUUGUGUUGCAUGUAAGGCAAUCUUUCCUGUUGUAAAUCUUCCUUUUUUAUGUACAUAUAUUUUGAAAAAUAUGAAUAAACAUGAAAUUUUAAAAGCUGCAGAACUACAA